CAACUUGCCCCCCAAGGUUACCGGCUUAUCAAUCGUGACUCAACAUGAUACUCCAGAAUCCUGCAGCGGUUUAGUGCGGGAUUGAUAGGGUCACCACCCCACCGAGGUCCUCCAUCAUGCUUGAAAUCGAGAGGUUACAUUGGAGUGCCAAGGGAAAGCUCCCAUGAGGGGGUUAUUGCCCAAUGGCAGGCGUUCAGUUUCAUCUAUUCGACAUGAGGAGUAUGCAGGCCGCCGACGGAGCCCGGCUUCACCUACCUAAUCAGGCUUAUCCCCGGUAACGGAUCAUUACUGACCGAUGCGCUGCUGACGAUCGCUAUCGUGCACCGCCAUGGUGGUAUACCCGUCUUCUCGUUCCCGCCGGCAGUGGUUUAUUCCCCGUAUUCUUUCCCCCAAGCGAUGACCCUGAGCCGUGUCUAGGUACCCGCUGGGCCCUGUGCCAAUUAUGCUCAAAAUAGUUCCGAUUUCAAAGGGUCGCUUCGCUAUCGAAGGGACGAUGCUGACGACGCGUCGGGUCUGGAUACGGCAGGUGAAUUGUGGAUCUGCGGCCUUCCCGAAGGAACGCCGUCUGGGGUUAAAUUCUAAUCCGACUUCAAUCUAUCUGGACGUUCGAGGUCCUCAUCCUGCGCGGCUUGCAGCAUCGCCAAGAAGACUUAUGCAGCGCAGCGCUAAUAAGCUGUCUGCAGCUGUGGCCAGCUAGUCUAUCCCGGUUGGGUCGAACCACUUGACGACACCGUCGGGUGCAGCCGUUUGUCUUUUCAAGAGGAAUUUCCCCUCCUGUCGAGAGAUGUGUAGGCUUCAUCUCGAGACCCGAAGGCUAUGCUGUAAGUCACCGACUGGGAAGUACAUAGAGUGGGAUGAAUUAACUGCGACAUUUCGGGGUCAGGAAUGGAAUUAACCUGCCAAUGAGACCAUCCCGACGGGGCAUGUGAAGGAGAGAUGGUGUACUCUGCUCACGGUGGGCCGAACCGAGUGGACUCAUCCCAUAGUAGAG